AUGCUCGCCAGAAGCACGACGACGGAGUCAAUGGCGCUGAUGAGCCAAAAUGUGCUCGGCCGCGUUGUGGCGCAGGAGCGGGAGAACGUCCUCCUGCAGGGCGAUGCGCGGCGGCGGGAGGAGGAGGCGCGGCGGGCGGCAGCGGAGGAGCGGGCCGCCUUCGCGGAGGUCGAGGCGUCGCUGCGGGAUGUGGUGCGUUUGUGCGUCGCAUGUGCCGCUUCGGAGCCGGACGCGGCGGCGCGGGAGCUGACGGAGCACAUCGCCGAGGAGGCGGCGGCGGCGGAGUCCUUCGCGUCGGAGGCGCGUCACGAGCGGGUGGCGCUGCUCGCCCGCCGCGCGGCUGCCACUGCGGCGGAAGAGGCGCACGCCGACGAGGACGCGCGUCGCCAGGAAUACGCUGAGCGCGUUGCCGAUGAGGCGGCGGCGCAGCGCGAGCGACUAGAAAUCAUGCGGGUGGAGCAGGAGCGCCUGGAGCUCGAGCGACGCACGGAGUUGGCAACCCUGCGCUACGCCCGUGAGAUGUUUCACGUGAACGUGGACUAA